AUGAGCAGGCCCUCCAGCCCUGAGGCUGUCGAGGUGAUGCCUAGUGCCUGGCAACCCUUUAUGAAUCGCUUCAGACUCUUUGCCGUUUGUCUCGCCAACUUGGGCAAUGCCCUCAGUGACAGUGCUGCUGGUGCUUUGAUCCCGUACAUGGAAAAGUACUAUAACAUCGGAUAUGGUAUCGUCUCCCUAAUCUUCGUCGGCCAGGCCAUCGGCUUCAUCAUGGCAGCCGUGUUCCUAGACGCCCUACGAGCGAAACUCGGCCGUGCCAAACUCCUAGGCCUUGGUCAAGCCAUGGUCACUCUAUCCUACAUCCCACUCAUCUGUGGAGCGCCCUUCCCCAUUAUUGUUUGCUCGUUCUUCUUCGUCGGGUUCAGCAUCUCGGUGAAUGUGGGCAUAGGAAACCUCUUCUGUGGUGGCCUACGCAACGGUACAUUCAUGUUGGGUCUUCUGCAUGGGACCUAUGGCAUAGGAGGCACCGUCGGUCCCCUCAUCGCCACCGCACUCGUCACGGCCGCCAAUGCUCUCUGGACGCGCUACUACAUACUUACCUGCGCUAUUGGCGUGUGUACCUUUUCGCUGGCCAUGUGGUCUUUCUGGAACUACGAGAAGGAGAUGAGUCCGGCGGUGAGGGCGAGGGAGACGGCCCAGGCUGGGGAGUCUAUGAUGAAUAGCAUGUUCAUGGCUAUGAAGCUGCGGGUCGUACUUCUCGGCUCCAUCUUCAUUUUUGCCUACCAGGGCGCCGAAGUGUCCAUCUCGGGUUGGGUCAUCUCGUUCCUCAUCAACGCCCGCGACGGAGACCCUUCAUCGGUGGGAUAUGUGACGGCUGGAUUCUGGGCGGGCAUCACUCUCGGUCGAUUCUUCCUUUCGGGUCCUGCUCACCGCAUCGGGGAGAAACCCUUUGUCUACGGUCUGACAAUCGGUGCCCUGGCUUUCCAGAUCCUCGUCUGGUUCGUACCCAACAUCGUGGGGAACGCCGUCGCCGUGUCCAUUGUCGGUCUGCUGCUGGGACCCAUCUACCCUUGCGGAGCUGCCGUCUUUAUGCGAAGAAUGAACCGGCGCGAGGUCCUGAGCGGUAUCGGCACUAUUAGUGCAUGUGGCAGCGCAGGAGGUGCUGUUGCGCCUUUCAUCACUGGUCUUUUGGCGCAGGCCGCGGGUACAUUUGUGCUUCAUCCUAUUGUGAUUUUCCUCUUUCUAGUCAUGCUCCUUUGCUGGUAUUUCCUACCAGACGAGGAAAAGAGGGAUGAGUGA